CCACUCCCGGCGCUGCUGGGACUUGCAGUUCCUUGAGCCCGUUUUCCCGGCCCGGCGCGCCCGGCCCUCGCGGCCCGUCAUGCUCUGCGCCACUAGCCGCCUCCUAGCGGCGACGGCGCUCCCCGCCCAGCCCAGAGGCCGGGGCCCCGCGCCCCGCUGCCGGCGCAGGGAACUACAUUUCCCAGGGCACCCCGAGCUGCCCCUUUGUGACUUCUUGACGGGGCAGCUCGUAAGACCUAGCGUGCCUGCGGGCCGGAGGGCCAUCCUGAGGAGGGGAAGGAUGCCGCCGGCGGUGGGCAGGGGCCUGGCAGGGUCCGAACUGCGUCCCCGGAGGGGCUGCUGUGGGCCCCAGGCCGCUAGGGCCUUGGGCCCGGAUGUGGCCACAGAGGCUGCAGCGCGGAGCCUCAAACGGCCUGCUCCGGGCUCGCGGCGCUUCGAGGCGGCCGCCCGGUGGGCCCUGCUGGCCCUGGUGACGCUGCUGUCCUUCGCCACCCGCUUCCACCGUCUGGACGAGCCGCCGCACAUCUGUUGGGAUGAGACUCACUUUGGAAAAAUGGGAAGUUACUAUAUCAACCGAACCUUUUUCUUUGAUGUGCACCCGCCUCUGGGAAAGAUGCUGAUAGGUCUUGCUGGCUACCUGAGUGGAUAUGAUGGUACCUUUUUGUUCCAGAAGCCUGGGGACAAAUAUGAGCAUCACAACUACAUGGGAAUGAGAGGAUUCUGUGCUUUCCUUGGUUCCUUGCUGGUCCCCUUUGCCUACCUCACGGUAUUGGAGCUGUCCAGGUCCCUCCCAGCAGCACUGCUCUCCGCUGCCCUCCUCACCUUUGACACAGGAUGCCUCACUUUGUCCCAGUACAUCCUUCUUGAUCCCAUCUUGAUGUUCUUCAUCAUGGCUGCCAUGCUGAGCAUGGUCAAGUACAACUCCUGUGCUGACAGGCCCUUCUCUGCCCCCUGGUGGUUCUGGCUCAGCCUGACUGGCGUGAAUCUGGCUGGUGCUUUAGGGGUCAAGUUUGUUGGCCUCUUUGUCAUCCUGCAAGUGGGGUGGAACACUGUUUCAGACCUUUGGCACCUGUUUGGAGACCUCAGUCUUUCAUUGGUAACCGUGGGAAAACACCUGACUGCUCGUAUCCUCUGCCUCAUAGUGCUGCCCCUGGCUCUCUACACAGCCACUUACGCUGUUCACUUCAUGGUGCUGAAUAAAAGUGGUCCUGGUGAUGGUUUCUUCAGUUCUGCCUUCCAGGCCCGGCUUUCAGGGAACAACCUUCACAAUGCUUCCGUCCCUGAACACCUCGCCUAUGGCUCUGUGAUCACUGUGAAGAACCUGCGGAUGGCCAUCGGCUAUCUCCACUCCCACAGGCACCUGUACCCUGAGGGCGUUGGCGCCCGCCAGCAGCAGGUCACCACCUAUUUGCACAAGGACUACAACAACCUGUGGAUUAUCAAGAAACAUAAUACAAACUCAGAUCCCCUCGACCCUUCAUUCCCCGUGGAGUUUGUAAGACAUGGAGACAUCAUUCGCCUAGAACACAAAGAGACUUCUCGGAACUUGCACAGUCACUAUCAUGAGGCCCCUCUGACGCGGAAGCACUAUCAGGUCACUGGCUAUGGCAUAAAUGGGACAGGGGACUCAAAUGAUUUCUGGCGGAUUGAGGUUGUAAACAGAAAAUUUGGAAACCGGAUCAAAGUGCUGAGAAGUCGAAUUCGCUUCAUCCAUCUGGUCACAGGUUGUGUCCUGGGCUCUUCAGGAAAAGUCCUGCCCAAGUGGGGCUGGGAGCAGUUGGAAGUUACUUGCACUCCAUACCUGAAGGAGACCCUCAACUCCAUCUGGAAUGUGGAGGACCAUAUCAAUCCCAAACUGCCAAACAUCAGCCUGGAUGUGCUGCAGCCCAGUUUUCCUGAGAUCUUGCUGGAGUCCCACAUGGUGAUGAUCCGGGGGAACAAUGGCCUCAAACCCAAGGACAAUGAGUUUACAUCCAAACCCUGGCACUGGCCUAUCAACUAUCAGGGCCUGCGCUUCUCAGGAAUCAAUGACACGGACUUCCGAGUGUAUCUGCUUGGCAACCCGGUGGUUUGGUGGCUGAAUCUGUUGAGCAUUGCCCUCUACCUGCUCUCAGGGAGCAUCAUUGCUGUAGCUGUGCAGAGAGGGGCACAUCUGCCUGCGGAGGUUGAAGGGCUGUCCCAGGUCCUGCUGCGAGGAGGCGGUCAGCUCCUGCUUGGCUGGACGCUCCAUUACUUCCCGUUUUUCCUGAUGGGCCGGAUCCUCUACUUCCACCAUUACUUCCCAGCCAUGCUUUUCUCCAGCAUGUUGACAGGCGUUCUGUGGGACACUCUCCUGCGGCUCUGUGCCUGGAGCCUGUCCUCAUCUUCCCUGGCCAGGGGUGUACACGUGGUGGGAAUUCUGAGCCUGCUCCUGGGAACUGCCUACAGCUUCUACCUCUUCCAUCCUCUGGCUUAUGGGAUGGUUGGUCCCCUAGCCCAGGACCCCCGAAGUCCGAUGGCAGGACUAAGGUGGCUGGAAUCAUGGGACUUUUGAGGCCGCUGCAAGGACCCCAGCCUGAGUCCAGGGACUUCCUGGGGACAGCGAGCUGUGAAGCCAGUCCCUGGACCCUCCCAGCUGUGGAGGAAGAUGCUUGAGGAGUCUGAGGAGUUCUGCUGCCUGCCAGGACCAAGCUCUGGGAGCAUACCCAGAAUUUAACACAACACUGGAGAGAGCCAUGGCUCUGUCUGCAGAGGUUCCACUGCUGGGGAUGGCUCAGCAGCAGAGGACAACUCUCUCAGGACCGUUUCCCUGAAUGUGCAACAUGAGGAAGGAUGAGUGUGCGAGAGAGUGGGUGUGAGUGUGUGGGAGUGUGAGGGUACAUUUGUCCAUAUACCUGUGAAAUACAGACCGUGACUGUGGACAGCUGAGUGUUAUAAACUCGAAGAAAUAGUCCAGGGCUACAGUAGUAUUUUCUGGUAUUUUUUUCACACUGGAUUUGGUUUAUAAGUAAGAUCCCUCAAAAAUUCUCUGACCUCCGAGAGGGCUGAGAUCGCUGACCUCACCUUGGGCUAUCACUGAGGGCAGAGCAGAGGGCAGACCGGCAAAGCUGUGCUGUCCUUCUUCCCACA